AUGCUCUCCAGAAUCGUUCGAUUCAGAUGGCCAACGCCUCGCCGCUUUAUCGCGACUUUCCAUGUCGAAGAAGAGUAUUACGAAGAGCUUGAACCGUCCGGAGCACCGCAGAAGACGUCGCCAGAGCCGCGGACGCCUUCAGAAGUCGCCACGUCGUCCGGAGACGCCAAUUUCCUGGAAAACGUUAUCGGAGCACUUACAGCGCAACGGGCGAAGGACGUGUUCGUGGUGGAGACCGACGAGUUUCAGAUGACACCGUUCACACAUAAAGUGAGCAUUUCUGCCAGUUUAUUGUAACUAUAGAAACAAUUUCUGUGCCCCAAACACUUUUCAUUCUGUUCAGAUAAUCUGCUCGGCGUACAACUCGCGCCAAGCGUCGGCUAUCUCGGAAAACCUGCGCGGCCUUCUGAAAGUGGACGACGAGACGAUCGGAGGACUGUCGCAUGCGAAGAAGAACACGAAACGGAGCAACGGAUGGUACGUGAGCGAGGUGGAACGGGUGCAAGUGCACGUGAUGAGCGAGGAGUGCCGCGAAAAGUACGAGCUGGAGGCCGUCUGGGCUGGCGACGAACGCAUUCUCGAGCAGAUCGACGCAGAGAAACAGAGGAUCUUUCUGCCGCCGAAACGAACAACUUUUUGA